UCCGCUCAGACCCGCGUCGUCCGCACCACGUGUCGUCGGCGCCGCGUCGCCCGUCCUUUCGAUCGCGAAAAAAGUUUACCACGAAACUUUCCGAAGACUUUUCUUUCAACUUCGCCACCGGAGAUCGGACCCGUCUCCGUCGAAGGACCAAAAAGUCGAGAAUGACCUCGCCCAAAACCGGAUCGUUCCCCUCGAAACGGGUUUAGGCUCGCGUCCCGGGGCAGGACAUUCGUGAAGUGAUAACUCGAUUUUCAGUGUUGUGUUUAGUGUGAGUGACUCGGUACUCCGGGGAGGACUUCGCCCGCCGAGGCUGGCUCAACAGUGCUGUCAAACGUUGCAAGCAUGCCGCCGCCCGCCUAAGGCAUGAGCGUGCGCGGCGCGGGCGGGCAGCGCUGCCAGCUGAUCCUGCAGCGCUGCCUCGCGAUACACCUCACCAAGCCCGGCAGCGCGCCGGACGACUUCUGGAUGUAUGACUCCGGAUAUCUGCUGUUCCAGAGUUUUCUGGCGGCGAACGCGAAGUGCUGGUGGGCUGGCGCGCUCGCGGCCGCGACGGCGGAGCUGCGGUACGCGGGGUACGUGUCCCCCGGCGUGCUGCUGGUGGCCGGAGCCCCGCGCGCGCUGGAGACGGUCCGGGGGGCCUACUCCCGCUCCGUCCUGAAACCUCCUCCGACUUACCUCAUUUGUGGCCUUGGUGACAUAGAAGACUGUAUCGUAACUCCAGCAUAUCAGGGGCAGUUCACCCCUUUACCUGAAGCACUAUGCGACUGUAUCAUGGACCUCACGUCACAGGGUCAAUCAGCGACAUUGGAGAGCAUACGCACCUCCCUGUCCGCCAAGUUUCCGUCCAUGCAGACCCCGUCGGGCGAGGUGGUGUACGACACUCUCGCGCAGCUGAUGCAGGAGCGGAAGAUCUACCAAACCUCGCGGGGAUUCUUCAUCGUCACACCUGAACGUCGUCGCUCCCGUUCCCGCUCGUCUUCCCGGCACCACUCCGCGGAGGAGGAGUGUGGGUCCCGCACCAUCCUCAUGUCGGACCAGGAGGCGCUGCACCAGCUGUACGGCGAGAUCACCACCGUGCGGGACGGCGCCGUCACCCACCAGUGCGUUCAGACCAACCUCGCCGACGUCAUCUGCGGCGGCAACCCAAACGACAAAAUCCUGUACAGCCGGCCGAGCAAGCGGCGCAGCGCGUCCUUCCCCGCCCCGAGGUCUCUGGACCGGCGUCACUCCUUGAGGAUCUUCGGUUCAUCCAGCAAAUACCUGCAGCGAUGCGCUUCCACCCGCAGCUUGCAUAAGCACGCAAACACUACUGACAGCUCCUCAUCUACUGACUACCCGCCGAGCGUGGAAUCUGCGUCGCCUAAGAAAGUGUCGUUGCUCUCCCGCUUAUUCAGACGAAGCGGCCGCAGCAAGCGCGCCAUGAGCACAUUCUCCGCGCAGUUCCCGCCCACCGAGUGGUUCAACUCCAAGGCGGUGCACCUCCACUGCGUCGCCACGCAGACCGACUCUAAGGAGUCGCUGCAGAGUCAAGCGUCAUUCAUCUCUUCCUACUAUGACGGCUCCGAGAUCAGCAACCGGUCGUCGACGCUGCCGAGACGACACAAGCGUCACCUGUCCACAGAGUCGGGCAUCGCAGGCUCCGUACAGUACGACCAUUCACCUGUUCGACAGUCCAGCCCCAGCUCUGGUAGUCUGCCUCGAUCGUCCCUGAGCAGGAGCUCAACCAACAAAACGAUACUAGACCACUUCGGGUCACCGCAAAGGAGCUGCGACUACAAAUCACGAGAGAGCCCCAACGGCAGCAUGAAGAGAGUCGACUACUCGGACAUCAUGUCCACCAGCGGCCCCUCGAGCUUAGAGAGUACAAACGUCCAUAGGACUCCGCGGAAAGACUUGAAAAGCAGUCAAACCGAAGUCAUAUCGCCGAUAAAGAAGAACUACUUCACGAGUAGCAGCGGUCACUCUAGUUUAGAAUCGCACAUAUCAGAUCGCACACUUAAACCUUCGCCUAGUCAUAGUAACGGUACGUCGGGUCUUAGUAGAGCGCAGUCGCUCGUUAAAGUACAAAGUUUGCAGAGCUCGCCUAAGAGCUUGCACAAAUAUCGAACUAAGCCGCCGAUCGUCGGCGGGGAGACUGUAAAAAAUGGGAAAACGUCUCCACCUCGAACUUCGCCAAAAAACUGUCCGGCCACACCAAAAAAAACCGCUACACCUUUGCACAACAAGGCUCUUGGCGCGAAAGCAGAGAAUCCCACAACUGCCAUGCUAGCUAAUUCCAAUUCGAACAAUUCGAUUACAUUGAAAGUGACCACCAAUACGUCGCUACAGAACGGCGGGACUAACACCAAAGUUUACGUUCAAAACUCUCCCGUCCGCUCGGUCAUAACUUUCGAGAACGGAAAAGUAACGGAAUCCAGCAACAACGGAAGCAAUAUCUACAUCAUUAACGACGACAGGCAGGUAGUAUCCGUAUCGCAGAACGGUGUGGCCAACCAGACUCCAAAAAACUCGAAAGAAACCUCGUUCGAUGUGUGUGUUGAGAACAAGAAGCAGAUGUUUCCAGAGGGCGAAUCCAUGAAGGAAAACAAGUUCAAUAAAAAUUCAAUAAACGACACCGGAAUGAAUAAUAACAGGAAGCUGUCGUUGCAAAUCGGUGGAGCGACCAACAACAACAGUUUCAUCUACAAAAACCAGCUCAACAACACAAACGAGGUAGCAUCGAAUCCGUCAUCGCCCGCCAUUCAUAACAACAUCAACAGUCUGGAAACGACGGCCAACAGCAACCCAUCUACUCCGACGAAAAGUUUCGACAACAUAAUCGGAUCGCUAGGUAAUUUACGAUAUCAAAAAAAUUCUCUUACUUCGACUAAUACGGGUAUACAAACGAACUUGAAUUCGAACAGCGAACUGAAGAGUGUCGACCUUUUGAAGAAAGCGGCGGCCCUGCAGAUGCUGAACGGUCUUCCGAACGUUCACAAUAGAAUGAGUUCGGAGUCGUUGGCCAACUUGCUAUCGAAAGGAAUCGAUCAGAAACCGACGGUGCUCGGGUCCGAACCGAACCUGGCCCUGAAGAAUCAGGAGCUGAUAAAAGAUAUCAACAUGUCGAACGAAAAAAUAAACUGUCUAGAGAAUAAGCAGAAAAGAUAUAGUCUAAGCCAGGAAGGUAAGAAGGAUCAUCCGGAUUUUUACAAUUUCCCGAGCCUCAGCGAUUUGAGCUACAACUUCACGAGUUUGGCGGCCCAGAAGAUAUUGAAAGGGGUCAGCAUAAAUAGCGUCGAUACACUGGUAGAGCUGAACAUGGCCGCCAACAACGCCGAGAAGCAAAACAAUCGUGAGGUAGCCGCCGUCUGCACGGACUUUGGCCUUGUAUAGUAACUAAAAUUAAUCGUAACAUGUACAAUAGUAGUUUUACACAAACACAACUUAGCUGUAAACUAAUUUUAAACUUUGUAUAACUUCCUUACCUAAUUUACAUGUAUAAUAAAUAACAUUUAGUUGGAACCUCUGUACUCAAACAUUUUUACUAUUUAUUGGCUUUUAAAUUUAUCCUUAGCGAACUUAUGUAUCCUCAUACUUCUCUACUAACCAUCAAAGAUGUCAUUAGAGUUUAUGUAUCCCAGUAUUCACUCAAUGUAAUGUUAUAAUUAUUAGUUUAUAGCUGUAAUGCAUUAAUAUAUUAAGACAAUAAGACUAUUUCCUAUGAAAAAUGUGGCCUAAACUGACCCAUCCAAGAAUGAAUUAGUGCCUAAUACGAGUAUAGGAAUUAAAACAGGUUAUCCUUCUAUAUUGUCUAUAGUCCUUCACCAAUAGCUUUUAGCACAGAUAUAAAUAUAAUUUUAAUUAUGUAUUAUGUUACUCCUCAAUACAUCUGCACUUCUGUUUGUGCCAUUCAAUUUUCCAGUGUUAAUAUUGAGUACAAACUACAAUUCCUAUCAGUAACAAAUCAUCUAGGGAUGGGAAACAUAGUAGUGUAAAAUGUAUGUCAUGUAAUAAGUGCCAUAAGUAAUCAAACAAUGUGAGAUUCAAACAUUUUGUUUGCAAUUGAACGAUUGGUGACCAUUAUUUUAAUUUGUGUGAUGUACUCAAAGUACAGAAAAAACAAAGGGUUAUAUUUAUUCAUUAGGUAUUAUAAUCGGAAAACAAUGCAUUUUACUUUUAAGUGUUCAGUAACGCCAUUUGUAAAAAAAAUGUGUUAACAAAUAUAAGUUGAUGCUUAUUA